UCCAGACAAAAUGGCGGAUGUUGUUGUUUUGCCGCAGGGUCAGUGCUAAUCGGAGUUCGCCUUUUCACCGAUUUACUGUAAGAAAAUACAUACAUAAUAUCGUUGGCGACAACCUUCAUCGUUGUAAGGGUUUGCGAGGUGGACUGUAAUGAAAGGCAAAGAAAGGUCGCCGAUUAAAAAGCGCUCUCGGGUUUUGGAUGAUAUCCGAGACAGGGGAGGAGGCCAUCCGCCCAGCAAGAAAAUGGGGGCUAUCUCAGUUUCCAGUGGGAGCAAUAAUGGAAAUAGCUCGACUAAAAGUGACGCAGGAUCUACAAGAAGGAGUUUGUUGGGCGAAAAGAGAGACAGGGAUUUUGACGGGCAUGUUUCCAGUCGAUCCGGCGUGAGUAACCAUAGUUAUCCCGGUGCUGUUGCUAGCGCUAUCGGUAAGAACCACAACUUGGGCUUGACUCUCGAUUUAGCCACCGCAAGGACUAGUAAUUCUCGUGGCGAGCGUGCUCUGCCUCCCCCCAACAACAACGAAAGUGAGUACAAAACUCUUAAAAUCAGCGAAUUGGGAACUCAGUUGAGCGAUGAAGACAUCGAAGACGGACUUUUCCACGAAUUCAAAAAAUUUGGGGACGUGAGUGUCAAAAUAAGCCGCAGCAACGACGAGAGAAUCGCGUUUGUCAACUUCAGAAAGCCCGAGGAUGCCAGAGCAGCUAAACACGCCCGGGGUAGGUUAGUACUUUACGACCGUCCUCUGAAAAUCGACGCAGUGUACAUAAACAGACGGAGAAGUCGCUCUCCAGUUGAGAGAGUUGACAGAGACCCUUAUGUUGGAGCCCCAGGGCACAGACACCUUCACACCCAGAGACCCCUCUCCCCAUCAGGGCUUGGAUACAGAGACUACAGACUACAGCAGCUGGCACUUGGGCGCCUCCCUCCUCCCCCACUUCCCCCUUUGCCCAGAGACCUAGAACGGGAGAGGGAGUUUGCCCUGUUUGAAGCCAGGUCACGCCCAGGUCCUGCUUUCAUUGCAGAGAGAGCUGCUGCUUUCCGCGAGGAGGAUUUUAUCUCUCCCGAGGAUGACCAAAGAGCUAACAGAACGCUGUUUCUGGGCAACUUGGACAUUACAGUCACAGAGACGGACCUGAGGAGGGCGUUUGACAGGUUUGGGGUGAUAACAGAGGUGGAUAUAAAGCCCACACGGGGACAGACCAGCACAUACGGAUUUCUGAAGUUUGAGAACCUAGACAUGGCCCAUCGUGCCAAACUCACCAUGUCUGGGAAGAUAGUGGGCCGUAACCCCAUAAAGAUUGGCUAUGGUAAGGCCACCCCCACCACACGCCUAUGGGUGGGUGGGCUCGGACCCUGGGUCCCCCUAGCAGCAUUGGCCAGAGAGUUUGACCGCUUUGGUACAAUAAGGACCAUUGACUACAGAAAGGGGGACACCUGGGCUUAUAUACAGUAUGAGAGCCUUGACGCUGCUCAGGCUGCGUGCACUCACAUGCGUGGCUUCCCUCUGGGGGGGCCAGAGAGGAGACUCAGGGUGGACUUUGCAGACACAGAGCACCACUACCAGCAGCAGUUCCUUCAGCCUCUUCCUCUACCCCCCUUCGACAUGGUGGCAGAGGCUUUCAUCCACCGAGCCACAGCUGAGCCGCUGAGGGACAGAGAAAGGACUCCACCGCCGCUCCACUUCAGAGAGAGAGAUCUGGGCUUCCCCGGGGGUGAGUGGCCCCCUAACCCGGCUAUGCGUGAACGAGUACGUCCCGGGGUCUUUGAGCUGCCAGAUCACCUGCAGCGAGACCGGCGGCCGGGGGGGAGGGAGCCCUGGUCUCUGGAGCGUGAGCUGGUGGGGCGCGGCGGUGACCCGGGACGGAAACGACGCCUCAUGGACGACGGUCGCCAUCUUGAUGUCUCUCCUGACAGCACUGACCGCACGGCACGCCGGCGCAGAGGUGGCCCAUCCCCAGACGGUAGCCCCGACGGAGGCCGCUUCAGUGACUCAGAGCGCCCCCCUCGCGGUGACGACAGACCCUCCCCUGGACGAGACCGCCGCCCCAGUCUGGAGCGUCCUGGCGGAGGAGACAGGAGAUUGAAGAACCAGGGGAAUCUCGCUGAGAGAGGGGCCUCCAGCAGUGGCCUCACAUCUUCAACAGGGGAGCGGAAACGUAAAGCCGGCGACAGCAGCAGCAGAGGACCCGGAGCUAAGAGGGAUCGCUCCUCAGACCAGGGCGGCUCUAAAGGCAGUCAGUCAUCCAAGCUGAGCCUGGCCUGGCACGGCAUGCUCCUCCUGAAGAACAGCAACUUCCCCGCCAACAUGCACCUCCUGGAGGGUCACCAGGGCGUGGCCAAGGACCUCCUCGUCGACGGCCCCACGGGGAGACAGGUGGGCGAACUCAAGAUCACCCAGCGUCUCCGUCUCGACCAGCCCAAGCUGGACGAGGUCUCCAGACGCAUCAAAGCGGCCGGCCCCGGCGGCUACGCCGUCCUCCUGGCGGUUCCCGGUUCCGGCGGCGAGGAGGUGUCGUCGACGGACCCUGCAGCUUCCACCCAGCGUCCUCUCCGCAAUCUGGUGUCCUACCUGAAACAGAAGCAGGCAGCUGGAGUCAUCAGCCUGCCCGUUGGAGGCAGCCGGGAUAAGGACCACCAGGGUGUUCUCCAUGCGUUCCCUCCCUGUGAGUUCUCACAGCAGUUCAUUGAUGCCUCGGCUAAAGCUCUGGCCAAAACCGACGAGGACUAUCUGGUGAUGGUCGUGGUGCGAGGGCCAUCAUAACUACAAUCAGAGAGGAAGCAGGACAUCAGUGAUAUUGUACAAAAGAAAAAAAGAUGUCAGUAACUACUAUUGCAUGCUGUGUGUUGAGUUCAGCUCCAUGGGGUACUACUACUAGAGUAGGGGUAUGAUGGGGUACUACUAGAGUAGGGGUAUGAUGGGGUACUACUAUAGAGUAGGCGUAUGAUGGGGUACUACUAUAGAGUAGGGGUAUGAUGGGGUACUACUAUAGAGUAGGGGUAUGAUGGGGUACUACUAGAUGGGGUACUACUAGAGUAGGGGUAUGAUGGGGUACUACUAGAUGGGGUACUACUAGAGUAGGGAUAUGAUGGGGUACUACUAGAUGGGGUACUACUAGAGUAGGGGUAUGAUGGGGUACUACUAGAUGGGGUACUACUAGAGUAGGGGUAUGAUGCUAGGCUAUGUCACCUAUUUGUUCCACCAAAAUAAAUAUGAAAUGCCCUCUUGAAAGUCAACAAAUGUGUAGGCAAAUUGUGCAACCCUGUUUUAUUAAAUAAGUGUGUGCUCAUUUCCAGACAGUAUUAUAAAAGGGGGACAUUCUAGAAAUACAAUCUAACUUGAAAUGAGGUAAAAUAGCACCCGUUUUCAAUUAGGAAAACUUGAAUCAACCGCUGUGUGUGAGAAGGCUCCAUUCCAACAUUUGGUCCACUGUUAGUGUUCCAUUGAUCCUAUUAUAUACAGAUCCUUCAGAAAGUAUUCAUACACCUUAUUUUAUGAUUUUAUGAUUAAUUCCACAUUUUUCUUGUGUUACAGCCUGAAUUUAAAAUAGAUUUAAAAGAAGUUUGUCUCUCCCAUCUACACACAAUACCCGACAAAGUGAAAACAUGUUUUUAGAAAUUUUGCCAAAUUUAAUUUAAAAUUAAAUACAGAAUGAUCUCAUUUACAUGAGUAUUCACACCCCUGUAGUCAAUACUUUGUUUCUAAGUACCUUUAGCAACAAUUACAGCUGUGAGUCUUUCUGGGGUCAGUCUCUUAAGAACUUUCCACUCCAUUUAUUAUGCUUCUUUUCUCGCCGUCAGUUAGGUUAGUAACUACUACGUUGUUGAUCCACCCUCUGUCAUUAAAACAUCAUGUUAAACACUAUUAUUGCACACAGAGCGAGUCCAUGCAACUUAUUAUGUGACUUGUUAAGCACAUUUUUUACUCAUGGACGUAUUUAGGCUGGCCAUGACAAAGGGGUUGAAUACUUCUUUUUUCACGACAUUUCAGAUUUUCAUUUUUUAAAUUAAUUUGUAAAAAUAAAAUAAAAAAACAUAAUUCCACUUUGCCGUUAUGUGGUAUUGUGUGUAGGCCAGUGACACAUCUCAAUGGAAUCCAUUUUAAAUUCAGGCUGUAACACAACAAAAUGUGGGGAAAGUCAAGGGGUGUGAAUACUUUCUAGAAGGCUCUGUAGAUUAGGCUGCUUUAUGCUUCAUUACAAUCAUUUCGUGUCAUUUACAGCUAAUUAUAUAUUUUUCACCUCAAGGCCCUUUCUAAAAGUCCUGAAUUAUGAAGCCACAUGUCACAUUUUGAGAAAGAUACCACCAGAUCUGUUUGACGAGGAUAUAAAUCAUAUUUUGAUUUCUCACAAAAAAAAGUAUUUGGGGACAAUUAUGUUGGGAUAUGUCAUUACUUGACAAAAUUGACUUCCUGUCUUUCUGUAAUACAUGACAAUGGUUCAAACCUAGGAAUCGAAUGUCCCUAUGCACAGUAGGCUAUCUGUGGUUAGGUUAGCCCACACCUCUAUGGUUAAGGAAUGGUUCAUGACACUACAAAAUGUGCCGAGACAAUGGGGUUUAGUUGCUGAGUGUAAACUCAACCUAACUUGUCUGUGGUGUGAAUAUAGUGUAUUCAAUUGGUUUCCAAAUGUGUUUUAAUGUUUAAGCUACUCACCAGUAAUACUUGGGCGUAUUGAGAGGCUGAAUGAGAAAUAUAGAGGUGAUUUUUGCCCAGCUAAUAUACUGUAGGAUGGGCCCAUCAAUGCAAUGACGCAACAAACACACAGCCCACUAAGAGAGAUGCUAAGGGUAGAUUUUAUUGUGUGCAUUUUCUUUAGCACCACCUGACCCUUGGUAGUAACUUGUGACCUAUAACCUUUGACCUAUAAUGUGUGGUAAAAUUACACUAGAGAUAAAAAACAAACUUAAGCUUUUGUUGUUGUUGACAUUUGUUGGUCCGGUUUCAUUCAAUUAAUAUACCAAUGUUUGUUGCCAAGUUUGUCUGAAUAUGACAGUAUUUUAUUGGUAAUCAUUGCUAACAAAUGAUUUACGGUAAUCCUAAUAAUCAAUCAGUUAAAAGGCUAUUCAACAUUUGGAGAAACUGAUCUUUUUUUUUUUUUUUUUUUUGAGGAAAACUUAAAAUUGUAGGUUUGAUAAGUUGUAGUGCUAUUAUUUUUUAAAUAUUUUUAAACAACAAUGUUUUCCCCUUUUGCGGCCAGCAGAAAACAGCUAGAUUUGUCAGACUUAAUAACCUACUGUUGGUAACAUUUUAUGGCAGUUUUUUUUUUAAACUGAGUUGUAGUUUUAGGAUGUUUUAAGAGGAGGUUGGUCUGGUUUAUCUGUUUGAAAAACUGUAUGAGAAAAAAAAUCUGUAUUUGUCUCACCGCCUCAACUGUGGACUUCCUAUGGCUCAAACCUCGCAGGAAACUCUGAAGAGAAGGAAACUACUUAGUAUUUGUGUGUUUUCACUGAGAAAGCAACUUUUAAGUUGUCUUCUUUUGUGUUCUGUUUUAAAUGGAGUAAUAUGACCCUCUGGCUUUGUGCUGUGUACCUGGUUUCAUUGGGAAGACAAGAAAAGGGAAAAUCCUCUUCCCACACUGCGCUUACUGCCAAGCUGUUUAACACACACAGAGACAAAGUGCAUUUAUGCACUUAUUUGUCCUCCGAAUAUCAAUAAAUGUUCAUUUGUUGGAAA